GCAGCAGCAGCGCCGCCGAGCCGCUUCAGUUUUGAAGCCGUGGCAUGAAUGAUCUCAUCUCGACCUGAUCUCCGCGCUCUCCGCCGUCGAUCCUAUGACCCAGACGGGAAGAAAAGCAGACAAAUACGAGGAGUCUUGCUUCAGACUGGCCUAAAAUGGGCAGAACUGGUGCUGAACAAAAGCUGCUUGUCGCUCGUACAAAAGUACUUGAAGCGUUGCAGCCGGGACCAAGCUGCAUUGCUAUUGCCUGUGCCUCUCAACAGGAAAGCAGAGAGACAACAUGUUCCCAAAGGGCACCAAGCGCAAGUUCUCCGACUCCGGAGAGGAGGCCGUCCCCAGCGGUGACCAGGUCCCGGCGACGUCGUCGACGUCUGCAGCCGUUCGGACACUCUCGUCCUCGUACAGCCUGCAGCGGCAGUCGCUGCUCGACAUGUCGCUGAUCAAGCUGCAGCUCUGCCACAUGCUGGUGGAGCCCAACCUGUGCCGCUCGGUGCUCAUCGCCAACACGGUGCGGCAGAUCCAGGAGGAGAUGACCCAGGACGGCACCUGGCAGAUCAUGACCCAGGCCCUGGCGGCGUCCCAGUGCCCCGCCGACCGGCUAGUGGCCACCGAGGUGCUGUGCCGGCAGACCGACCCGGCGGCCCAGGCCGGCCAGAGCCCCAAGCCCUUCUCGGUGGCCGGGCUGGAGGAGGGCUACCACGCCGAGGAGGUGGUGAUGGAGGGAGACGUGGAGACGGACGUCAGAAUGUCCAGUUUGGCACCCGUCUCCCCUCAGCUGUCCUCGGCCUCGUAUCUCGCCGGCCCCUUCGGCAUCGGGCCCUGCUGGGAAGAGGAGGAGGAGGAAGACGAGGAGGAGGAGGAAGAGGAGGAGGACGGCGACUGUGAAGAAGACGAAGAGGAGGACAGCGAGGAGUGUGCGUCGGAGGGAGAGGAGGGGGACCGGGACCACCUAAGUGCAGACUCCAGGACAGGGGAGCAGGUUUUUGGGACUUUUGAGAUCAAACACCCGGCGCCGCCCCCCGACCCGGCACUGGAAGAGCUGUUUUCCGACGUCGACCCUUCCUACUAUGACCUUGAUACGGUGCUGACGGGAAUGCAGAGCUCUCCAAAAAUGGGGCCUUAUGAUCUGCUGGAGAGCCUGAGCUCCCACGGGCCCACGGCGCUCACCUCCAGCUCCAGCUGCAGGUCAGACCUGAACGAACUGGACCACAUCAUGGAGAUCAUCGUGGGAUCUUGAAAGACGCUCAGAGAGCUCGUACCGAUCCCACUGACUCUUUUCCGACUAUGCACAGUAAAUGUGCGCUGUUUGUGGUGGUGUUACGCAGAGAUUGUUGGGAGGAUUUUGGGACAACGUGGGAAACUUUGGGAUAAAAUGAACAGAUAUUCCGAUUGGCUGUUACAAAUGUAGUUGGUCUUUUUAACGGCCUUUUCAGGAUCCGUCACCCCUUUUAUCGGUUGUAAAAGUUAAGAUGGUCAAAAUAAUGAAUUUGGGGCUUUCACGAGCUUUCCUGGCCUAAGAACAAAGCAGUUAGUUUCCUACCUUGUUGGUGAAAUCUUAAACUCAAUAUCUGUGAGAAGGCAACGAUAAUUGCCUAUACCAUGAUGCAAUUUUUAUUCACCUACUUUCCAUGUUUUUGUCCGUCAUUUAUUCUGUCAUACGUGCUCCUUCUGGUUAUACUCUGUCUUUAUGUCCAGUUCUAUUUAUUGUUACAUGGACCGAGGAACAAUUCACCACACUACAUGCAUCAGAAAUCAGAACAAAUUGUAAAUCCAAAUCUAUGAAUCAAUGCAUAUUUUCCUAGAGAUUUGAGCAACUAUGAAUGGAAUAUAUGUAUAUGUAUGUAUGUGUAUAUAGAAAUAUAUUUUUUGCAUUAUACGGUCGGGGGAUUUUGAAAGCAUCAUUUGAUAUUAUUUUUCCCUCCUACGCGGUUUUUAAAUUUUUAAUGUAGCCAGACUCGAGACAGUGUCUUCCCAUGGUUUGGUAUAACAAGUCGGCUGUAAGCGAUGUCAGGACUGGCAUCGUCGUGUUCAAAGGCGCUGUUCUUCUUUCUCUGAAAAAGCUUUACGCAGAGCAGGGAAAUUACUUCCGAGCAACCAAAUGUGGGUAAAGAUUCGUCAGCUUCUGGUAAUUCUGCAGUAUGGACUUGAGAAAUUACUCAAUUUUCCUGCUCUACUUCAAAUACAGAUCCAAUAAGACAGUAUAGCAUCGGGAGAAAUCCCAGGGUGAUAACUGCAUCAAGAAGCCAUAUUUCUUUCUCUCAUUUGUUACUACAAAUAGAAUUCUGUGUUAACCCAUCUAAUUUAUUGUUUUUAUUUAUUGUAUUUAUUUUAUCUAGGUACAGACAUGCCAUAUUGACUUAAAAAUUCAAACAUACGGCCCGGUAAAAAAAUAUAUUUAUCCAAAUUUUGCCCUGAGUUUUCAAUGCAGUACCUAUUUAUUCCUUUUUUUUCCCCUUUCUCUUUCUUUCUUUAUUUUAAAAGUAAAAAUUACAAUAAUAUCCGGGUUAAUAUUCAAAUUACUAUGCAGCUCUAUCAUACAUCUUUCAAAAUGACUGUAUACAGCUCAAAUGUCCUUAAAUUUCUUUAUGCAAACAGUUGCCUUUGUUCUAAAUAUGUGGGAAAAUCAAAUGCAUUUUUCAAAAUUGUUAGGUAUCAGAAUGAAGAGAUUUACUCAGGCAAACAAAAUGUAUUGACUUAAAUACAGUAUUACGACAUGCUUAAUACCUUACCACAACACUCCUGAAGGAUGUCACUCUAGUCUGAAUGGGAGCUAGAACUUCAAAGACUAAUUAUCGUUGUAAAAUGUAUGCAUUUUUUAUAUUAAAAACAUUGUAGCAUCUUUGUAAAUAUUUUUUAUAAUAAAAGGUGUAACUAUU